AUGAGGUACAAAACACUAACUGCAUUUUCUUAUCAUAGAGGAGAUCAAGUGAUGGUCACCCUGUGGGCAGAGAGUGCAAUAGGUUUUCAGGAGGCUGCACUCAAAUCGCUGGCGCCGCCUGUGUUCAUUGCUUUGACUGCUCUUAAAGUCAACCAGUACCAAGGGAAACCUGUUUUAGGAAGCACAGGCUCAACGGUGUGCUUUUUUAACCCCGACAUCCCGCAGCUCACGGAAUAUAAACAAAGGUUUCAAUACCUGAACUUGCCCGUUGAGAUUCUACCUAGCUCUGUUGAAAGGUAUGCAAAACCCCAUGUGACUGCUGAUUCUGAGUUAAAGACAAUUGAAGAGUUGCUUCUCCUUGAUCCUACAUUGAAAAAAGAUACAAAAUUCAUGUGUCGAGCGACGAUUGUGGGUUUUGAUCUAAGCAAGGGAUGGUGGUACAAAUCGUGCCCCUCUUGCCACAAGGCUGCAAAGAAAAUGUCUGCAGACUUUGAGUGCUAUGAACAUGAGUUGUUGAAAACAUUGCCUGAACCAUGGUUUAAGAUAAAUUUUAUUGUGGAAGACAACACAAAUCAAUUCAACCUCAUGAUGAUCGGAAGGCACGCUGAACAACUUUUGGGUGUAUCUUGCCACUCCCUUGUCAUAAAAGAAGGGUACGAUAAUUCUUUUAUGCUGCCGCCAAAUCUUAAGAAAUUUAUUGGCAGCACAAAAAAAUUCCAGCUUCAAUUUGGAAAUCAAAACAAGGAAUUUCCCAAGACGGAAUUUGUUGUGUGCGGAUUAUUUGAGGACCAACCACCAUCUGCCACAACAACUAGCUCAGUUGAACUGUGCACACCUGCCGCAAAUGUUGAGAAACAUAUUGUUAAUGCUGCAACUCCUGCCUCCUUUGUGCCCUUAGAACCAUGUGCUCAAGAAAUCCAACUACCAGCAUCAAACAAGACUGUCAAAAGAGCAUUAUUUGUUGAAUCAAAAGCUGCAAAAAAACAAAGCAAAACAUGUGAGGAAAGCCAGCCACAAUCCACAAUUUUAGCAAGAAUAUCAAAGGAAUUCUCCAAGCCAGUCAUUCCGAAAAUAGAGCCUUUAGACAAAGUUCCUAUAAGCGCACUGAGAAGCAGUGUUGGAGAUGUUGAUUUCCUAAAAAAUGAUUUCUCAAAGAUUUAA